AUGGCUGCAGUUCCCAUCAUUCUCUGCGGUAAAUCGCCAAUGAUUGCAACAACCGUCAAAAACAAUCUACUCCCUAAAUAUAAAGUCAUCCACGUGAUCCUCACUCCAGAAGCAGGAGUAUCCGACAUCCCGCUCCUCCUCGAAGGCAAGACGCCGCCAUCAAGUGAUCCUGGGGACCUCGGCACGCGCGACUAUUCCCAGCGCGCAGCGGCUGUCGUGACGGGUGGCGGCUACGACGAUGCGGCGUUCCAGAUCAUGCGGGAUGCGUGUAAGGGCAAGAGUAACAUCCCGUGGCUGAGGCCGGAUCUGAGUGUACCUACCCCUCCGCUAGGUCCGCUGUAUGGGAAAGCUAUGGUGGAGAGGGUGAAAGCGUGCUUGGAUAGUUUGGCGGAAGAAGGAAAAUUGGGCGAGGAUAGUAUUCGCUUCUUUUGA